AACAUGGACACAGCAACUAAUAUUCAUUAGAUGUAGCUUAGUUCUACCAUUAUAUGCCGACUAUAACACCGUAAUUUAUCUGUCUACUUAAGCUUAAAAAACAGAUAUCUAGCAACAAGGACCUGAAUCAAGCAAAAGUAGUCGAACGUUGAUAGAAAAAUUACAGGCUUUUCAAUUGAUCAGUGAUUCAACGUUCGCACUCGCAGGAAGAAAUCAAACGAACAGGACCGAACAAACAGAAUUUAAACUUGAUUUACCUAUUCGUUUUAGAAUCGGACCUAUUUAAUAAACUAAUGAAGUUAUUAUCUACAAAAUCAUAACAUGUUUUAGUCGUUGUCUGCCAAACCUGUGUAGUAGCAGCUGUUCUGACUCCUUUACGACUGUUGGGUGAUGGAGUGCUGUAUGUUAGCUAGAUAUUAGCUUGCCGUUUCUGCAGUUUUGUCUUACUACACAAGGCAGCGGACAGGGUGAAAGCGUUGCACCAUAAUCAAGUUGCAGCCGUCAAACAUUGGAUGGUACCAGAUAAGCGGACUAAACCAACAAAGUUUUCUAAAUGCAGAUGUCUGCUUUCAACCCAGCUGUCCUGGACUGUGAGACUGAGGGCGGAAGACCUCAAAGGGGACGUGUGACAGUCAUGCGGUCCGCCGGGCAGCUCUAACAGGCCGUUCUGUGUGGAGCCAUGGACUCUUCCUGUUCCGAAUCCCAGGGGGAACCUGAGAAAGCUUUGCACCAUGCAGAGAUCAGAGAGUACCCUGCCACGUCAGCUGCCUUAAUGCCGAGCGAUGACCCCGUCCUACUGACCCCAGGGAGGAUGAGCCAACGAACCCAGGGGAAGGAGCGAGAGAAGAAGGAGGACAAAGAGAGAGAGAAAGAGAAGAAGGAGGACAAAGAGCGGGAGAAAGAGAAGGGGAAGGAGCGAGAGAAGAAGGAGGAGAAAGAGAGAGAGAAGGAGAAGAAGGAGGAGAAAGAGCAGGGGAAGGACAAAGAGGAGAGGAAGGAGAAGGAUGGGGGCCUCCACACGCCAAGCCGAGAUCUCCUUGCCAGCCCCUCCUCUCUCAGCCCUGGGCUCAGUUACACCCAUGGUUUUGACCGGGGGAAAGAAGAUGCACUGCCUCUCAAAGAGGAUUCCUCUCAUUCCAUAUCCAAGAGCAAGUCCGAGUCCAAGCUCUACAAUGGCUCUGACAAGGAUGUCUCAGCUUCUGGGAACAAGCUGACCAAGAAGGAGUCGCUCAAGGUACAGAAGAAGAACUACCGGGAGGAGAAGAAGAGAGCCACCAAGGAACUCCUGAGCACCAUUACUGACCCUUCUGUCAUCGUUAUGGCUGAUUGGCUUAAGAUCCGGGGCACUCUGAAGAGCUGGACCAAGCUGUGGUGUGUGCUGAAGCCAGGGGUCCUGCUCAUCUACAAGACCCAUAAGAACGGCCAGUGGGUUGGAACGGUGCUGCUCAAUGCCUGCGAGCUCAUCGAGAGGCCGUCCAAGAAGGACGGCUUCUGCUUCAAGCUAUUCCACCCGCUGGAACAAUCCAUCUGGGCUGUGAAGGGUCCCAAAGGGGAGACGGUGGGCUCCAUCACACAGCCGUUACCAGGGAGUCACCUCAUCUUCCGCGCCGCCUCGGAGUCCGAUGGCCGCUGUUGGAUGGACGCUCUAGAGCUGGCUCUGAAGUGCUCCAGCCUACUGAAGCGCACCAUGAUCCGCGAGGGCAAGGAGGACCCGGCCUCUACGGUCGGGGAGACUUCCCAGAUCAACUUCUACAGCCUGCUGCGCGCCCACAACAUGCAGGGCUUCCAGUUCAACGACAGUGACCAGUUCAAAGACCCUGACCUGUACUCGGACAAAUCUGACCGGGAGGGCGAACCGGACCACGAGGAGUCAGAUGGGGAAGGCCUGGAGAAGAGCGAGGAGAGCGACAGUGACACGUCAGAACGACAGGACGACUCCUACGUCGACCUCGAUCCUAAUGAGGCCCUGCGGGAGACCCCCUAUUUGGAGCAGUCCCACGAGGAGCUGGGGGAGGCUGGCGAAGCAGCCCAGACAGAGACCGUGUCGGAGGAGAAUAAAUCUCUGAUCUGGACGCUGCUGAAGCAGGUCAGGCCUGGGAUGGACCUGUCUAAAGUGGUCCUGCCCACCUUCAUCCUGGAGCCGCGCUCCUUCCUGGACAAACUGUCUGACUACUACUACCACGCGGACUUCCUCUCUGAGGCUGCCGUGGAGGAGAAUGCCUACAACAGGAUGAAGAAGGUGGUCAAGUGGUACAUUUCUGGAUUCUACAAAAAACCGCAGGGGCUGAAGAAGCCAUACAACCCCAUAAUUGGCGAGACCUACCGCUGCAUGUGGCUCCACAGCAAGACCAGCAGCAAGACCUUCUACAUCUCUGAGCAGGUGUCCCAUCAUCCUCCAGUGUCUGCGUUUUAUGUCAGCAACAGGAAGGACGGCUUCUGUCUCAGUGGCAGCAUCCUGGCCAAAUCCAAGUUCUAUGGGAACUCCCUGUCGGCCAUACUGGAUGGAGAGGCCCGGCUGACCUUUCUCAACAGAGGGGAGGACUACGUCAUGAACAUGCCCUACGCCCACUGCAAAGGCAUCCUCUAUGGUACCAUGACAUUGGAGCUGGCUGGCCAGGUCUCCAUUGCCUGUGAGAAGACGGGCUAUAGUGCCCAGCUUGAAUUCAAACUCAAGCCAUCUUCCUACCAGCCAUUCUUGGGUAACAGCGACAGCGUCAACCAGAUCGCUGGGAAGAUCAAGCUGGGGAAGGAGGUGCUGGCGACCCUGGAGGGACACUGGGACAGUGAAGUCUUCAUCAACGAUAAGAAAACUGGGGUGGUGGAGACUUUCUGGAAUCCCACUCCAGAGCUGCGUCAGAGCAGAUUGACCCGCUGCACUGUGCCUCCUGAGGAGCAGGGAGAUUAUGAGUCUGAGAGGUUAUGGCAGCAUGUGACGCGGGCGAUCAACAAUAAGGACCAGACGGAGGCCACCAAUGAGAAAUUCAUCCUGGAGGAGGUUCAGAGGAAGGCUGCUCGCGAGCGCAAAGCCAAGUGUGAGGACUGGGUGCCCGCGCUCUUCGAACAGGACCCCAUCACUGGGGAGUGGCAUUAUCGAUAUGCCGACACCCGGCCAUGGGAUCCACUGAAUGAUAUGAUUCAGUUUGAGAAAGACGGCUGGAUCCAGACUAAAGUGCGUCACCGAACCCCUAUGGUACGUUCUGGCAGUGUAAUUAGUCUCAGUCACCAGGGGCCCCGGAGGGAUGGCAAGUGCCAGGUGACAGGGCCGAAGAGGAAGCACAAGCAGAGCGACAACCCCAAGAAGCCUGACAGUGGCUGCUCCUCCCCCGAACCCGACCGUCAGGACUCCUCCGGUAGUGAGCGACAUAAAAACAAGCACAGCGGUCGGCUACGGAGGAAAGGAAUGGACCUCAGUGAACUUCAAAGUGCCAUUGAUUCUAUAAAGAAGACACAAGAGGAUAUCAACAAGAGCAUCAGCGUGCUGCGAUCCCGUGCAGCGGUGAGCCAGGUGGCGGCAGAGGGCGGUUUCCUGCAACAACGUGACUACGCCAUCAUCAUCCUCCUCAUCUUCCUUCAGGUCUUCAUCAACUUCCUAUUCAAGUAGCAGCCCUGACAGACUGACUGACAGAGAGACUGACAGACAGAGAGAGAGCAGCGGUCUGGCGAUGCUAAGGAGGGGAAGGAGACUGGAAGUGAAUGGGCUAGAAGAGCCUCUAACACCCCCCCCCCCCCCCCGCGUGGUCUCUGCUCUGAGGUCUCUUAAAGAGCCAGUACUGUCACACACAAGUGCUCAAAAACAAGCACAUCUGAAAAAGAGGCUCCAUGAAAGACACUUGUUUUUUAAUUUCUAUUUAUUGUUUCCUGAUUUUAACGACAAAGGUCCACGUAUUUCAAACGGGGGGAACACCGGCCGGGGCAGAAGCAGAGUCAAAAGAUUUGCCUGUGUCACGGCUGUUGUCACCUGGAGCCCUGGAGUUGGCAUUGAGCUGGCAUUGAGCUGUGGUGGCCAUUUUUUAUUUUGCUAAGAGUUUGGCCCUCCUGCAUUCCAUCUUAUUUACAUUUCACCUGGCUCCGCAACUACAGGGGAAGUUUUACACUGAGGCUUUUGAAGCAAAAUAACUUUCAUUAUUUAAAAAGAAACUGUCCGUGUUGCAAAUCUGACUUGCCUGCUACUAAAACUACAUUUAUAAAAGAAAAACGACAUCUCUUCCUCAAUAGCAUGACGUGAAUUUUACUAGAAGAAAAGCAGAACAUUCUGGCAAACAAGAUUUACAACCAUACAACAUUUUUUUAAACACUUUUUAUUUUUGCAUUCCCUGAAAGCCUACUAUUUAGAAUGCAAGUAUGGGUAUUCUGACAAGGCCUCUGUUUGUUUAUUUUGUUUGUUUGUUUGUUUGUUUGGUGUGUCCUUUGAAAAACCUGUACUUGGAAAAAUGAAAAGAAAAGCAAAGGGGUCCAGUACAUGUGACAUUAUUUGGAAGAUCGGAGGUAGCUUGAUUUCCCAACUUGGAAGAUCACUCUGCAAGAAAAUCUCAAUUUCAGCCAUGACAAUAAUUUCCUGAAUCAGACCUUCCUUAAUUAAAUAAAUAGAUUAAAAUCGUUCCGCUCACUAUCUGCAUACCAUGUCAAUCGUAUAAAUAAAUUCCAGCUUGACAUGCCUUGUUGCUACUGUAUGGUUAGCAUGUAUGUUAGCACAGUAUGAUGAAUGUUUAGUACGCCAUCUUAGCAGUGUUAAUAGGACUUUUAGAUACAGGGUCCCUAGGGAGGAGUCUGUUUACAGACCCUUGUAGUUGCUAAUCACCGUUGUCAAGACACUCAAAUGAACUAAAGUUGAUGUUACAAAAAUCAGCCAAAUGUAUUGUUUUAGCUGUAGAAUAGGUUGGUUGGUCUACUCCCUGUGUACAUACCUUGUGGACUGACUCGCUCACUCCUAGACGUUUUAUGUUCUUUGGAAAAGAGAUGUUCUUUCACACGGACAGACCCUCUGUGGAGUAAGCCAGUCU